GGGUGUUCAAAAAAUAAAAGCGAUAAUUGUUAUUGUUAGCUUGUUAGCUAGCAGAUGAACUCGUGAAAUGGAGAUAUGACAGAGUAAUAACGUCUUAUUACAUGUGCACGAUUAAGUUAUUACAAACGUAAAGUGAUGGAGGACGCAAACAUGGCUGAUGCUGCUUCCACAUCCAAAAGCUCUCUCCACCUGCAGACUCCGAAAAACGAAGACACCUAUGAAAUUGCCAUUCCCUAUGAAGAGGGCAACUUUGAGCAGCAAGGAUUUUUCAACCAGAAUGAUCCAAAUUUUGACGAGUCAUCCCCAUCUGCUGGCCCAUCUCCAGUAAACAACUCAUAUAUGGUGAUCACCAACCUUCGGACCCAGCUACAGAUCUCUCUGGAGAAAAACUCUUGGCUGCAGAAAAGAAUUGAAGACCUAGAGGAGGAGAGGGACUUCCUCCGUUGCCAGCUGGAUCGCUUCAUCUCUUCGACAAAGAGCCAGGAUCAGACGCAGAGUCAAUACAGUAACGGUUAUGAGGCUAGACGAUUUAACUGGAGGGCAAGAAGAGAAGAAGAUCGUCCUGCUGAGCAACACAAGACAGACUCGAAGCAUUUCUCCCCACGUCAGUUUAUCCAGCGAAGGCCUGGUCCUCCAACAAUGGUGCCCUCCAAAAACCAUGUCUCCAAUCAGUUAACCAAUCAGCUUGCCUCUAUAAAUGCCUUGUUCAACUCUACAUCGUCCCAAGCCCUUCUGCAAGGCCAUGGUCAUACUACGCCCAGUACCACAACCGGUGGCAGCAGUAGCAACAGCAACAAUGCUCCAAGGUCAUCCAUAAAUGAAAUGAGUGGACAUAGUAACGUAGGUCCAGAAUCACUGUCCCUUCUGGCAGAAUCAGAUGAGUACUUGGAACAAGAUGGCUUCCUAGAUGAGGAAGAAAUGAUAUCAGGGGAGGAUGUAAUGCCAGAUACUAUUAACAACAACAGACACCAGUUAAAACCAAGGCGACUCUUCCGAGUUCCCAGAGAGCGACAAAGGGUCAAAGACGCCGCUGGAGUGCUGUUUCGAUACAAGAAAAUCCUACUUACAUACCAGCGUCUGAAAAACAUGUCCAAGGCUUUUCAGAUUCAUGGUGUGGACCGCAACACAGUGGCUUCCACCACACCUAUUGCUGAGCUGCUACUUGUUGCACCAGAGAAGGUGGCAGAGGUGGGAGAGUUUGACCCAUCCAAGGAGAAGCUGCUGGACUAUGCAAGACGCUGCUACACUGUCCUGGAUGAGGAAACACUUAGCAGAGUACAGGCCCUGAAGAAGAAUAACUUGCUCUUGCCGAUCUCCUACAGGUUUAGACACUGAUGGGAGAAAGAAAGAAAGAAGUAUCUGUAUAAGGCUUUUAGCAAUGUUCUGCUGCAGCAGGUGAGCUUAAAUCUAAGCAUUAACCAGUGACAUAAGGACUUGAAAUGUCUCAGUAUUAUGAAUUCUAAGUUUGAAUUCUGUAGAAGUGACUGCUGCAGUUGAAAUAGGACAAACCAUGGUUCUCAUUGCUUAAUAGCAUUUGAUCGUGAUUUUGUGAUCAAAUGAUCUGUUAAAAUUUUAGUGAAAAUUGCCUUUUCUCAAUGCUUAAAGUAGUGCAACCAUUAGGCUUAUUCACAUUUCAGUCUUGAGGUACCAGGCUAUUGUCUAAAAAUCUAAAUUAGCCUGAGGCCAGGACUUAAUAAAUAAUUAUUUAGUUUUCAUGAUUUACAAAGAUAAAAACUCUAUCUGUUUAUUUGUCAGUUUUGACUUUGGUCUAAAAAUAUGGUAUCUUCCAUCAAAUGUCAGGCUUAGAAUUAUGCUGCAUCUUACAGAUUUUGUAGAAUUUUGCCAUAUUUAUAUCAGAUUCUUGUCAAUUCAUUAUGUUUUUAUUGUGUUGAUUCUAUAAUUUUAUUGAUUUUAUAUUCUCAAAAUCUUUUACUUGCCUUAAUCCAUUGCUUUGUUUUCUUUUCGUAAACCUGUUUCAGGCCGCAUCGUGUCUGAACAUCCACUAAUUUAGAACUUGAAAGAAGUUUUUAUGCUGAGCACUUGUGACCAGAAACUUACUGAAGCAAGGGUUAGAUGUUUUUGGCAGUGCACAAUAGUACUAGUUGUAGUAAACUCACCAUACUUCUGGAAACCGCGCCAAUUAUUUUAAAAUGAAAGACACAUAAAUGUUGGUAAUGUAUGUGUUUGCCUCAUAUUAUUGGCCACUUUUAACUGGAGUACUGUUGCAUUAUAUUUCCACUGAGGCAAUCCCUUUCGUAAUUUGUCUGCACUAAAAUGUACUAAAUAUCUAAAUAUUACUUCUGAUGAUACUAUUAUUGAGGCUCAAGUAUUGUUUUUGUGACAAUUUCACCUUUUGUAACAUGGUACAGAGCAUUUACAUUAUUUAUGACUAUAAUAGUUAUUUGUAACAAUGCGUAACUUUUUGUUCCUUGUGAAAAAUUGUGAACAUUAUUCAGACAGACACACCCAGUUACAGUUUCCACAUUUUCCACCAUUAAUGCAUGUAAAACAAUAUGUUUUACAGUUCAUUGACACAUCAUGUUUUUUUAAAGCAUUAAAGCAUUUUUACUGCUGCACCAAAAGUUAUGUUAAGAUAUGAUCAUGUACAACAUUUAUGCCCAUUUUUAAUUCUGGUUGUGUGUGUAAAAGCAUAAUUAAAGCAAUUUCAUUAUAA